GAGUUGGGCAAGGAGGCUGGCAUGGAGUUCAGCGCAGCCACGGCGGCCCUUCUGGCUAUCUGCAUCACCUGCCUGGUGAUGUUCUUCAAAGGGAGCAGGCAGGGCAAGAGGGGGCAUCUUCCUCCAGGACCUCGGCCGCUCCCCAUCUUGGGCAAUUUGCUCCACCUGGACAUGAAGAAUACGGUCAAGUCAAUGUUGGAGCUCAGCCAGCGCUAUGGCUCUGUCUUCACCAUCUACCUGGGCUCUCAGCCCUUUGUGGUGCUCUGCGGCUACCAAGUGGUGAAGGAGGCUCUGGUGGACAAAGCCGAGGAGUUCAGUGACCGCGGGGACUUGCCGGUGAUUUUCGACUUCACCCAAGGGGAUGGGAUUUCCAUGUCUCAAGGGGAGAAAUGGAAGGUCUUGCGCCGUUUUGCGAUACACACGCUGCGCAAUUUUGGGAUGGGGAAGCGCAGCAUUGAGGAGCGGAUCCAGGAGGAGGCCCAGUACCUGGUGCAAGAGCUGGAGAAGACCAAAGGAGAGCCCUCUGACCUCACCCUCACCCUCGGCCAUGCCGUCUCCAACGUCAUCUGCUCCAUCGUUUUCGGGGACCGGUUUGACUACGAGGACAAGAAAUUCCUCACUUUGGUUGGACUGAUGAAUGACAACUUCCGCAUCUUCAGCUCGCCUUGUGCCCAGUUGUACAACACUUUCCCCCACGUCCUGCGCUACCUGCCCGGACCUCACAAACAACUUUUCGCCAAUUUUGAGAAGCUGCGCCUCUUCAUUCUGGAGAUGGUCAAGACGCACCGGGCGACCAUCGACCCCAACUGCUCCCGCGACUUCAUCGAUAGCUUCCUGCUCAAAAUGCAACAGGAAAAUAAGGACCCCCUCAGCCACUUCCACACCAACUCGCUUGUCAUGACCACCCACAACCUUUUCUUUGGGGGGACAGAGACUGUCAGCACCACCCUUCGCUACGGGAUCCUCAUCCUCAUGAAGCACCCGGAGGUAGCAGCCAAGGUCCAAGAAGAGAUCAGCCACGUCAUUGGUCCUCACCGCAGCCCAUCGACUGAGGACCGGGUGAAGAUGCCGUACACGGAUGCCGUGAUCCACGAGAUCCAGAGAUUCAUCGAUAUCAUCCCUCUGGGGGUCCCCCAUGCCGUGACCAAGGACACCCACUUCCAUGGCUUUGUGCUCCCGAAGGGCACCAACAUCAUGCCUAUCCUUCACUCUGUCCACAAAGAUCCCACCCAGUUCAAAAACCCGGAAGCUUUUGACCCUACCCACUUCCUGGACGAGAAAGGCAGCUUCCGCCGACGUGAUGCUUUCAUGCCCUUUUCUGCUGGGAAACGCUUGUGCCUGGGAGAAGGUUUGGCGCGCAUGGAGCUGUUCCUGUAUCUCACCAAACUCCUCCAGCGCUUCACCUUCCAGCCCACCUGCCCCCGCGAGGAGCUGGACCUCUCGCCCGUGUCCAGCGGCACAGGGAACGUCCCUCGCCCCUACAGAUGCCUCAUCGUCCCCCGCUGAGCCGCCCCUCUUGCCGCUCGCCCCCCCAUCUCCUAGCCCAGCCUUCCCCGGUGGGGUGAAGCUCUCCUGGUGUUUCUGGGGGCACCACCUUGGGGAAGGCACUGCCCUCCAUGCCAACCGUAGCCCAGGUGGCUUUCUUUACCUAUAGCUGGAAGCUGGCCGGAUCUUUUGCAGGGGGAGGGAGGGCUUGGCAUUUUCUUAGCACAAUGCAAGAUGCAGAAGGGAGUGCAGGGCUCUGAAUGUGCCCACCCCCAUGCAGGAAAAGAGAGACUCCGUUGGCCUGACUCAGUGGCAGGCAGUUCCAUGGGUGCCUGCCUAUGCAGCUUUGCAUGCCUGAGUCAGGGUGCGGGUGGCUUUCAAUUUCAAAAUGAUGGGGUUAAUCUGGUGCAGGCCGCUUGCCAGGAGCUCACCCAGGCAGCGACAUUUUAAAGGGGCAUCUCCAAUCUUGAGAAAAGCACCCCAGAACCCUCUGCAAUGUGACGAGAGCCCCUGGGACCCUCCAUCAUGAUACUGCUUUGGGGUACGAAUUCCUUCCCUCGGAGAGCCAUUAUUGCUUUCUGGAAACUCCAGACUGGGAUCGUGCCCAGUUUCCCCUUGCUCCUCCUCCACAUUCUUGCCCUGCCCAGCAGAAAUAUUAGGUCUGGUAAUCUCUGGUGUGCUCUUUCUCAAGAAGUCUGUGUA